AUGUCGGCGGCCGCGGCGCCGUUCAGCCUUCCAGCCGCCGUAGGCGCUGCGAACUGUAACGCCGGCGGAGCUCAAAUGGACCCGCGCGCGCCGGCGUCCCGUCGUUGACGUCGUUUUCCGCGAGUUCACAUGUUUGUCUAGGGGGUUGAUUCGCCCGCAAAAUGGCCUCACAGCUCACACCACCACAGGUUCCUCGCCGCCGCCGCAUCGGACCUCAAGCGCACCUCGCCGUCGCCGCGCGUCGUCUCGUCGGAGUCGGACGACGACGUUCCUGAAGUGAGUUACCCGUCCCAGCCGAAGGUGGCGGUGCCGCGCGGCGACGUCGUCGAAGCUACUGGCGACGACCUGCGCGGCGUCCUCGAGGCCGAGGCCGGCGGCUUCGCGACCUUCGACGACGACCCCUCGGGUUUAUUAGGCCUCCGCCGCAUCGACACCGGCCCCGGGGACGCGCCCCGUGUUUUUUUUCAAAAGUGGAGCGAGAGGGGAGCUCCACAGGGGUCUCGUGGCCGCGUUUGCGUCGAUUGCGCGUCGUCUCAAGCUGGAUUAACGUCGCUGGCGGAAGCAGGCCAGCUAAGCUUGUUUUGACACAACUUUCGAGCUUCGUACGUUUAGUGAUCGCGGUACCGACCGAGGGCGAACAAACGAGUGCGACAGUCCAAAUCCCUGAAAGCGGCGCGUGAUCGGCGUUUUGACCGGCGUUUGCACGCGCCGAGAGGCCAAGCAAAAUCAUGAGGUUGUCUUCGGCCCGGCGGCGCAAUGAGCGCUCCAGCAGCCAGAGGAGCCCUCCUGAGCCCAUUGGUUAGCGCGAUAGGCGUCCCGAGAUCGGCGGGAGACCUGGGGUCUGCGGCCGGCGGCGGUCCCGAGGCCGCCGCCCGGUCGCCGCGCGGUGGGCGACAUACUGAUACCCCAAAUUCAAAAACGAAAAUAUUAUCGUUCAGAGACCAAAUCUUCAAGGGCAGGGCCGAAAUAACAUACCCUCGCGGCUCAAGUCCGCGGCGCCACUGCCCAAUUCGCAGAGCGGAAAUUAAGCUCUGAACUUCACUAUUCGGGGGUCAGUCGGAGAGGUCUGUUUUCAAAAGCCAUCCGCCUAGGCCUGUAUACAUGUACUAUAUGUAUGAUAUACAUACAUAAAUAUAAAUAUAAAUAUAUAUGGAUUCCUAGUGUGUCGAUACGCUAGAUCACCAGGUCUUGCGGCUCCCCAAAAUACACCAGCGAUUGACGCCGCCAUCUACCGUCCAAUUGGUACAUCAUAUCAACUCCAGCCCAGUUUUCAUCCACAAUCGACGGAACCGGAGCCGACGGCCCGCGCUCGGAGGGCGGGAGAAGAAUUCUACUAGACAACUCUCGCGUUUAUGUUCGUUUCCUUCCGUUUGUUAGUGGUAGAGUCCAUCUAGGCCGAUUGAACACGUACUUAUCUAUUUUAGAUACUCCGUUAGAGCCGCGCGAAACUGCGAUUCGGGAGCCCUACGUUUUUACAAAGACGGCCGCAAAACCUAGACCCGCGAGCAUCAGCGACGACACCAUCCAGGUGGACCAUAACGCCGUUGUUCUAUUCACAAUCGACCGACUUGCCCGUUCUCCGCGGACGACGGUGCGUACGCGGGGCACUGAAUUGGCCCCAGACCGGUGGUUUGUACAAUAAAUUUGCGUUUCAGGCGCUUCGGUUCCGGGACGGGGCAGAUAAUCGGCUUGAUUGUAUACUACAUUGCUCUGAGACCCAAAGAUGCUCGGCGCGCCUCGUCGGACUCGCGACCACAGGAUCUUGUGAAAUCGGGGCACCAGACCCGGACCUGCGACCAUCAGCCCGUGUACCAUCACCAUGGACCAUAACGCGAUCAUUUGUUUCAUGACCGACGGACUUGCGCGAGGUCCAGAUCAAGAUGUUCACGUCCCGAGCGUGGGCGGCCAAAAGUACCCUUCUCGUGGUGUAGAUGUCAUAUAUUUGUAAUUGACUAUCGGUGGGGUAGUAUGGGGUCCGACAAGACCGCUACGGCGACUACUGGGGGCCCUCGGGUAAUUGAAGUUUUUUGCGGGAACGGGACGCCAUCGGGUCCAAAUUGCAGACUUUUUUCGGGGGCAGAACGGUUCCUGGAGGUCUCUCGAGGUAGGUCUGUUAGUGGGUAGUCGCCUGCACCGCAUACGCCGUCGAUGCGGCAGCCUAGUGCUCUUCGAGAGCCCUGGAAGCAAGACCUGCCCUAAAGAUGCCUAAACGCAGUGGUCUGCUGAGAGAAUUCGACCAAAAAUGCUUGAAGCGCCGGCGCAUGCGGUGUAGGCGCUUGCACGUGUAUAGUACCGACCCUAGGCGACCCCAGGGAGACCUUUUGGGCAGGGAUUGACAGGAUUCAGCCGGCGCGGCCGCCAUAGACCGUAGGGCGCCCUCGGCCGCGAAUUAAAAAUAUUUAGUUUUUCGGCCCCCAGUACGUGUCCCAUUGAUCUCUUUGGACCAUUAGCGAACCGAACGGUACUCAAACGGCUGCAUGCCGCGAUUCGUUUUUGCUGGCUAGUGUCUUACCGGCCGCUAGCUCGACUGCGGCGCGAGUCGACUCACAGCUUGCAAUCGAGGUCACCAGCGAUCGCCGCGGUUAAUCGCAGGCAUCGCUUCGACAGGGCAGUCACACACUUAUUGGCUGGAGGCGCACCGGGCGCGCUGCAUACAGUGCAUAGACAUCAGCUGUGCUGCAAGGCGGCCAAGCUCCAGCUCGGCCCACGGCUGCUCAAACAAGUUCGUUGGAACAAGAAACACCCGCUGCGGACGUGUUCUCACUGCACUAAAAGCUGCGGCAACCGCGGCCACACGUACACGCCACACUCGCGCCGCGCUCUCAGAGAGGCGCGAAACCGCAGAGCACAGCAUGCAGGCCGCCGCACCACCACCCGCAAGCGACCCAGCGUCUACCAAAAAAACGCAGCGCGGCGCGUGACGAACGCACAAGCAUUGGGAAUCUCUCUGACUAAAAGUGAAGAGGAAGCUCUGUCAUCCUUGUACCGACGCCGCAUUCCUAUACGACGCCGUCGACGCCCACGCCACGAAGAGCACGCGCAAAUCUAAAAUCGCGCAGGCGCGCCAGGCCUACGUCACGCUCCUCACGUCCGACGGCUACCUCCCGGGCGCCGAGUGCUUAUUGCAUUCCCUGCGCCAGAGCGGCACGCGGCGGCCCGUCGUGACGCUGGUCACGAGCGCCGUGUCACCGCGGGCCCGCGCCAAACUCGAGCAGCGCUGCGAUCGAGUGAUUGAGGUGCCCGCGGUGCCGAACCCGCAUUCAUCAAGACCAGACCAGGCCGACAAGUGCUGGACCGACGCGGGCUACACUAAAUUGCAAAUCUGGUCCUUGCAUGACGAUUACGACCUCCUUGUUUAUAUCGAUGUGGAUGCUAUCGUAAGAACAAAUAUAGACGACCUGUUCGCGCUCGACGUCGAUUUGGCGGCGGCGCCCGAUGUCUUCCCUCCCGAUAAAUUUAAUGCGGGCGUGCUCGUGGUACGGCCGUCGCCGGAGACGCACGCGCGGUUGUUGCAACUCGCGCCGACCGCCCCAUCGUAUGACGGAGGCGACACGGGCCUCCUCAACUUUUGUUUUCCGGGCUGGUUCGCCGGCCACGAGCGGUUGCAGCGGCUGCCCUUCGCCUACAACGCGCAGCGGACGAUGCACUGGCUGACGCGGGCCGCGCCGGGGUACUGGCAGGCGAUUGGUGAGAUCCGCGUCCUGCACUUCUCGUCGGCGCCGAAGCCCUGGGAGGCGCCGGACCGCAAGGGUGAUUUGGAGCUCGUGUGGUGGGAGGUGUUUUUAUCAUCCCAAGUUGCCGGGUUGGGCGUUGGCGUCGGCGCGGGUGGGACUUUUGGGGGGUUUUAGUUUGGUGUAAGUUGGAUGUUUGUGCUUUCUUUCUUUCGA